UGGCGAAGGCAUCUGCUCAGCUCGCCACUUUGCCACUGGACGCCCUGCUGACAUCCAACACCAUCAUGUGGCCUCGCCUCGCCGCACUGCUGCUCUGCCUCUUGGGUGCCGUGGCGGCUAAUGUCGACAGCAGCUCCUUCCUAAUCUUCAACCAGGACCACGACAAGUGCGUGAAGGUCGUCCAUGCCUCGUCCAUCACGCUGUCCAGGUGCGAGCCCCGCGCCAAGGACCAGCAGUUCCGCUGGGCCUCGGCGGACCGCCUGCUGAGCCUGUCGCUCAACCUGUGCCUGGGCGCUGUGGAGCUCAAGGACUGGGUCAAGGUCUUGCUGUUCGAAUGCGACGAGGCCAGCGAGCUGCAGCACUGGCAGUGCAAAAACGAAACCCUGUUUGGACUGCGGGACCGAGACCUGCACCUCAACUGGGGGAACCGCAACGAGAAGAAUUUAAUGAUCUACAAGGGCUCGGGUCUUUGGAGCCGAUGGAAGAUCUACGGGACGCACUUGGACUUGUGCGCUAAGGGCUAUCAAGAAAUGUUCACCAUCGGGGGCAACUCCUUCAGCGCCCCGUGUGUGUUCCCCUUCAAAUUUGGUGGACAGUGGUACUCGGAGUGCACCAAGGCGGGCCGCACCGAUGGGGAGCUAUGGUGCGCCACCAAGGCCGACUACAACAUCGAGAAGAAGUUCGGCUUCUGUCCCACCAGAACAUCGUCCGGCUGGGACACGGACCCGGUGACGGGGGUCCAAUACCAGCGCAUCGCUCAGGCCGUGCUGAAUUGGCACCAGGCCCGCAAGAGCUGUCUACAGCAGGGAGCGGAUCUCCUCAGCAUCGUGGAGCUCCACGAGCAGUCCUACAUUUCAGGACUGACCAACAAGUGGGGAAACGCCCUGUGGAUCGGACUCAACAGUUUGGACUACAAGGCGGGAUGGCAGUGGAGCAACGGGAACCCCUUCCGAUAUUUAAACUGGGCACCAGGUCAUCCGUCAUCCGAUCCCGGGAUGAACUGCGCCACGCUAAAUGCCGGCAAGGCCUUCAAAUGGGAGACCAGCACCUGCACCAAGAAGCUGGGAUACAUUUGCCGCAAAGGCAACUCCACCAGUCUUCCUCCACCGCCCAUCCACCAGCCCAGCUUCUGCCCCAACCACUGGGUCCCUUAUGGUGGCAAUUGUUACUUCAUUGAGAGGAGCAAGAAAAUGUGGAAGGAUGCUUUGACUGCCUGCCGCAGGGAUGACGCCGAUCUGGCCAGCAUUCACAACAUCGAAGAGCAGAGCUUCAUCAUCGCCCAGUCGGGAUAUCUGGUAACGGAUAUUCUGUGGAUCGGUCUGAACGACCAGAGGAGGCAGAUGUUGUUCGAGUGGUCCGACCGAUCGCAGGUCACCUUCACCCAGUGGUUAAUGGACGAGCCCACCCAUGGCACCAACCACCAGGAGGACUGCGUACUCAUUCGGGGAGACAGCGGCAGGUGGGCCGACCAAAUGUGCGAGAAGGCGUACGGAUACAUCUGUAAGAAGAAAGCCUCUUCCACAGCGGCUGAAGGAACCCACCAGGAAAGCAACCCGGGUUGCGCGCUUGGUUCGCUCAGGUACCACUCGUAUUGUUACACCAUCGGAGCUGAGAAGAAAACAUUUGAGGAGGCCACGCGGGCGUGCGCACAGGAUGCCGGGAACCUCGUCGAUGUGGCCGACAGGUACGAGAAUGCUUUCCUGACCAGCUUGGUUGGCCUGAGGCCUGAGAAGUACUUCUGGAUAGGGCUCUCCAAAAAAGAAGAAACGCACACGUUCACUUGGACCAGCCAGAGGAAAAUCUCCUUCACGUAUUUCAAUGUGGACAUUCCGGACCGCGAAGCGGGCUGUGUGGCCUUGGCGACGGGGACGUCAGCCGGCCUGUGGGACGUGGUCAGCUGCGGCAGCAAGGAGAAGUACAUCUGCAAGAAAGUUGCUGAGGGCGUCCAGGUGACCACCGCGCCGCCUGUUACGCCCGCCUUCAACUGCGCCUCUGGGUGGGUGCCUGUGGCAAACAGGAACGUCUGCUUCAAGCUGUACAAAAAGAGCAAGGAUGAGAAGAAGACUUGGCACGAAGCAAAGGACUUCUGCAGGACCAUUGAUGGAGACUUGAUGAGCAUCCACGGAGCUCAGGACCUCAGCAAUGCGCAGUUUCACUCAUCGGACGCAGCCUGGAUCGGACUCAGCCUACUCGGCACCAACGAAGGUUUCGUCUGGAGCGACGGAUCGCCCUACGGCUUUGAGAAUUGGGGCUAUGGGGAACCCAACAAUUACAACGACGCCGAGCACUGUACGGAAGUUCAAAUCAGCUACAGACGACACUGGAAUGACCGACACUGCGAGGUCUACAAUGACUGGAUCUGCCAGAUACGCAAAGGAGUGACUCCCAAACCCGAACCCGUCGUCGUCAUGCCAGUGUUCAACAUCACCGAGGACGGCUGGCUGGUCUACAACGACUCGCAGUACUUCAUCAACAUGGACGAGCAGCCCAUGGAGGCCGCGCGGGCCUUCUGCAAAAAGAACUUCGCCGAACUGGCCGUCAUCACGGGGGACAGCGAGAGAAGGUUCCUGUGGAAACAGAUCCUCAGGGGCUCCGAGAAUCAGUACUACAUCGGGCUCAUUGUCAAUCUGGACCACUCCUUUAGCUGGUUGGAUGAAACGCCAGUGACGUACACAGCGUGGGAACAAAACGAGCCCAACUUUGCCAACAAUGACGAAAACUGUGUGACCAUAUACAAGAGCAUGGGCUUCUGGAACGACAUCAACUGCGGCCUCGAGCUGCCGUCCAUCUGCAAAAGAAGCAGCAUGUUCGUCAACGCUACCGCCAUGCCCACGGCCGAGCCCAAGGGAGGCUGCGCGCCCGAGUGGCUGCCAUUCCAAGGCAAGUGCUAUAAGUUUGUGGGCGCCGACAGAAAGUCAUGGCAGGACGCCAGGGAGGACUGCAAAAACCAGGGAGGGAAUCUGGUGUCUGUCAUCAGCGAGAAGGAGCAAGCCUUCCUGACCACACAGAUGUCGAGGUACAGGGAGGACCUGUGGCUCGGCAUGAACGAUGUCAACUGGGAGAUGCACUUUGUGUGGACGGACGGCCGAGGCGUGUUGUACACCAACUGGGCCAAAGGGCAUCCUACGUCCACGCCGGACGGACGCUACUCCAUAGUGGACAAGCAAGUUUUUGACUGUGUGAUGAUGGUGGGCAGCGUCUCGAAACAAAUGGGACUCUGGAAGGUGGACGAUUGUGGCGAAAAGCGUGGCUUCAUCUGUAAAAGGAAUCUUGAUUCCCAGAUCGCGCCGGCGGCCACCACGAUGUCUUCGAAGGCCUUCAACAAGCUGGGCAACGACUCGUACAAGCUGGUGACGCAGAAGCUGCGCUGGGAUGAGGCGCGCAAGCAGUGCCAGGCGAACGACGCCGAGCUGGCCAGCGUGCUCGACCCCGUGGCGCAAGCCUACAUCUCGCUGCAGAUUUUCAAGUUCAACGAGCCUGUGUGGAUCGGCCUCAACAGCAAUGUGACUGGAGGUCGCUUCAAGUGGGUGGACAACUGGUUGCUGUCGUACACCAGAUGGGGCAAAGAUGAGCCAAAGAGCAACUACGGCUGCGUGUACAUGGACGUGGACAAAACCUGGAAGACGGCACCGUGCAGCAACACCUACUACUCGCUUUGCAAGACCUCACCAGAUUCGGCGCCCAUCGAGCCUCCUCAGCUGGCCGGAAAUUGUCCAGAAUCAAAGAAGCAGAUAACCUGGGUCCCCUUCCGGGGUCAUUGUUACACCUUCUUAAGCUCGCUCAAGGACAAUUGGGCCCACGCUUCCGUGGAAUGUCUGAGAAUGGGGGCAUCUCUGGCAAGCAUCGAGGACCCCCAGGAGAGUCUUUUCAUCCAACAAAACUUGGAUGUCCUGCAGGACAGUGCCAAGAGCUUUUGGAUCGGCUUGUACAAAACCCACGACAGUCAGUGGGCGUGGAUUGACAACAGUGCGGUGGACUACACCAACUGGAAGCCGGGCAUGCUGGCGUCCGAGUGGACGUGCGUGGAGGUCUUCUCCGACAGCGGCAAAUGGAAGACCACCAGCUGCAGCAGAUACCGCUCGUACAUCUGCAAAACACCCAAAGUCAUCACGCCGACAGAAAAGCCCCCAGCUGUUGCUCAUGUCAUAGAAAAGGUGUCCAACGGCUCCGCUGGCAUCAGUGUGGUCGUGGUGCUGGUGGUUCUGGCCCUGGCGGGACUAGUGGGUUUCCUGCUCUUCCGGAAAAAGAUGCCCAUCUCCUCACCUUCGGGGGAGUCCAAUUUCAUCAACAAGUUGUACUUUAAUAAUCCCAUCCGAGCUCUGGUGGACACCAAGAGCCUGGUUGGCAACAUUGAGCAGAACGAACAAUCGUAGGCGGACGCCACUGGGCGCUGAUCUUUACUAAUGACAAACUUGAUUGUUCUAUUUUAAUAAUUCUUGCGAGUACUGAGAAUACACUAAAUAACACUCCAAAAGAGGUGAUUAAAAAAUGUAAAUAGGACUUUUCACUUUGAAGAAUCAAAAGAGUUUUUUUUAUUUUAAAUUGUUCUUUCGAAGUGACGCAAAUCAAAAGAUGUUUACGGAAAAUUAAUUCGCCAGACUUUUCUUUGUCUUUUGCAUUCCUUCACUGGCCGACGUUGUAAAUAGAUUCAAUAAAAUAAAUCAUAGAUUGAAAAUUCAAA